AUGACCGUCACACCUCCUCUCAUCACUGUCUUCGGCGCGACCGGUAAUCAAGGCGGUGCCGUCGCUCGAUCCCUGCUCCAGAACCCAGCUUUCAAAGUUCGAGCUCUGACUCGCGAUCCCAACUCCCCAGCAAGCCGUGCUUUGGCGGCACAAAGGGCAGAAGUACAUCAGGCGGAUGGCUUUAGCAGGGAAUCCAUGUUGAAAGCAUUUGCUGGAUCCUGGGGCGUUUUUGUAAAUAUCAACUCCGAUGACAAGGCCUUUAAACUGAAGGGACUGAGCGAGUUCGACAUGGGAAAGACGAUUGUGGAUUCUGCGGCACAGGCCGGAGUCCGCCAUUUCAUCUUUAGCAGCGGUCCCGACUGCUUCACCCUUACUGGGGGUAAGGUCAAGAUGAAUGCGGCAGACAUGAAGUAUAAGAUCGAACAAUACGCCAGGAGCAUUAGCUGCUUUGAGACGGUCAGCUUCAUCUGUGCUUCCUGGUUCUUCGAAAACUUUCUGGCCAAAGAGAUUGCCCCUGUUUUCGGCGGGUUCCCCUUCAUCCCGGAUGCUGAGGGAUACCUCACGCUGGUCGCUCCUAAAUGGGGCGGAAAGGAGGACGUCCCUUUCAUUAGCAUGUCUGACGACUUUGGCGACAUUGUCCAGGGCAUGUUCCUUGAUCCUAUAGCGGUGAACGGCCAGGUUAUCCACGGCUGCAGCGACAUCUGCAGCUUUGAGGAUCUGGUAUCUACAUUUGAGAAGAUCAGCGGACGUAAAUCUCGCUUUAGGCCGCUGCCGUCGUGGGAGGCGUUCAAUACGUUCGGGAUUCCGGAGUUGGAUGAUACAAAGGCAAUGUUCGGCUUUACGCAGAACAACCAGGGACGCUACUUCGGCCCUGAACCCUCUGAGAAGGACACGCCUGGAAAACUUAAGCUCAAGACCGCUGUGGCAUUGGGGCGGCUCGGGGACGAGCAACAGUUGAUGACUGUUGAGGGGUGGUUCCAAAAGCACUUUCCGUUAAAAUAG